AUGACGUUUCUUGCGAGUACCAUAGGUACAUCCUCGGGUAAUGGCACAAGCGAAUAUGGCACAGAUGUUGGAACUGCGGCUGCAAGUACAAUUGCUACGACCAGCGUGUCGUUGAGUGAUGCAACGGAUGUAGGGAAACGGGGUCAACGUAAUUUUUACGAUGGUCAAUCUACGAGUAGGCGCAUGAAGAACACGGUGUUCGAUGACAUGCGGAGAAAAUUAAAAUCCACGGACAAAGUAAAGAAGCCGCAGCACAAAUCGAAGUCAUCGCAGGAUAUAACUGCAGGCGAUAAUUGUAGAAGAGGUUUGAAGAAAUGGACACGUUGUAAAAUGGGAAGAAAAGCAUGGUUGGCGCUUAUACUAGUACUCUCAGUUCUGUAUGCAUUCUUUAUGUCCUCCUUAGGACAAAGCGUGUUGAGUGGGAUAUUUCGUAUGAUACUUGGUCAGGCCGCGUUUGCGACGUUCAUGGGCACGUAUGGAGCUUUCAUACUGAUUGUAAUUGUCUAUUUCUGCGUGCUAAUAUGUUUUUGCUGCUCCAAGACUGCAAAAUGUGUACUGGAUAAAAUUUGGAAGAAGAAGGAGAAGGAGGAAGCUCCCACAGAAACGGAAAAAAACGAAGGAGAAGUAAAUAAGAAACCGGCAGCACCUACACCGGCAGCAGAAUCCCAGAAACCGCAUGUACAUGAGAAAAAGGAAGAAUCUGGGGAAUCAGACGUACCGAGCAAACCGGAUGUAUCUAACAAACGGGAAACAUCCGGGGUAAUGGAAGCACCUAAGAAACCGGAAAUAGCUUAG